CGCGUUUGUCGUUUGGUCGAGUUCCCAAAUUCUGUUUACAAACGAGCGUUUCUGUGUACAUUUUGUCUGUAUCGCAUGUACUAUUUCUAUUUUCCAGUUUAUUUUAGUAUUCAAUCAAAAUGGCGCGCAAUGCUGAAAAGGCAAUGACAACCUUGGCCCGCUGGCGAGCCGCAAAGGAAGCGGAAACCGGCAAAAACGAACGCCGUCCCUAUCUGGCAUCGGAAUGUCGCGAUUUGUCCAAAUGCGAGAAGUGGCGGCUCGAGAUUAUUCGGGAAAUAUCCAAGAAAGUGGCACAGAUUCAGAAUGCCGGCUUGGGUGAAUUCCGGAUUCGUGAUUUGAAUGACGAAAUCAACAAGUUGCUCCGGGAGAAGCGCCACUGGGAGAAUCAAAUUUCGGACCUCGGUGGGCCGCACUAUCGCCGUUAUGGGCCUAAAAUGUUCGACGCCGAGGGACGAGAAGUUCCAGGCAACCGGGGUUACAAGUACUUCGGAGCGGCUAAGGAUCUGCCAGGUGUACGGGAGCUAUUCGAGCAGGAGCCUCCCCCACCGCCGAAAAAAACGAGAGCCGAACUAAUGAAGGAUAUCGAUGCGGAUUAUUACGGAUAUCGGGAUGACGACGAUGGGAUUCUGCUGCCACUGGAGGAGAAAGCGGAGCGACUUGCAAUUCAGACAGCCGUUGAAGAGUGGAAACAAGCACGAGCGAGCGGCGAGGCCAAGGAAGCCGAACCGGAAGAGGAAGAUUUGUAUGGAUCUGACGCGAGAAUUGCUUCCGAUGCGGAGAAGCAGCAAAAAGCAGACGAUCCGAUGGGGCUGCUAGGGCCACGUUUCACCGCGCACGUCCCGGUGCCUAGCCAGAAGGACAUCGAGUCAGCUCUGUUGCGCAAACGGAAGCUGGAGCUAAUGAAAAAGUAUGGAAUUGAGGACGAUGAAGAUAUGUAACACAAAGGUUCUUUUCAUAAAAUAUUUUUUUGUAUAUAAGUUGUAAGUUCUGAACGCGCUCCGUUGAUGUCCCGAACAUUCCAUAUCAAACUUCCUGUAAUAACGGUUUUAAUAACACAAUGUUGCACAAUUUAUUUCCCUUAAUAA